CCACGUGGGCGGGCGGGGCACUACGCUUGCGCAGCUGCCGGUAGAGGGUUGGCGCCAGCGAGUGGAGAAGGAGGGGGGAGGGGGACGUUUUUUUUUGGCGGGUUCCGCAGAACGAGAGCAGUCGGCGCUGAGAAACGGUAUAAAAAUACAUAAAAGCAACGUUUAUCUUCGCCUUUCACCAAGUGACCCACGGUUCUUUUCUCAUAGUGAACAGAUUGUGUUUGUCCAUUAUUGUGACUUGGAUGAAGAUCAGACUACAUUUUGAGCAAUUAAUGCAGGGAAUCAGGUUUCACACAGUGCGAAAUGGGCAAGAAGGUGAAAAGGAAAUCUGAGGACGUUUCUUCAGACGAGGAGGAGGAGUACGUGGUGGAGAGGGUGCUGGAUCGCAGGGUGGUGAGGGGGCGUGUGGAGUUUCUGCUGAAGUGGAAAGGCUUCUCUGAUGCUGACAACACCUGGGAGCCGGAGAAGAACCUUGACUGCCCGGAACUGAUCGGGGAGUUCCUGAAAACCUACAACAAGGACAAGGAGAAUGGCACCGGCUCCCGAGACAAGCCAGAUAACAGCAAGCGCAAGUCCGCCAUCGUCAACGGCAACGAGGAGCCCAAAACCAAGAGGAAAAAAGAGGACGAGGACAGCGUGCGGGGGUUUGACCGCGGGCUGGAACCGGAGAAGAUCAUCGGAGCCACGGACUCCUGUGGGGAACUGAUGUUCCUGAUGAAGUGGAAAGACUCGGAUGAGGCUGAUCUGGUCCUAGCCAAGGAGGCCAACGUCAAGUGUCCUCAGAUCGUCAUUGCCUUCUACGAGGAGCGUCUGACGUGGCAUGCCUAUCCUGCCGAGGAGGAGGAGAGGAGGGAGGAGCCGCAGGCCAGCUAGAUGCAGGCGUGUCCCCGCUGCCUGUCCUCUCCCUUCCUCCCUCCUACCACACCCUCCCUGGGGGCUGUAGGUUUGAGGAGGGAGGGAGGGAGGGCGCAGGGGUGGGAGGGAAAUGAGAGGGGAGGUGGGAGUCAUUCCUCUCACUGGGUGAAGUCUCCCAGCUCUUGAGUUUGAACUAGAGGACGUGGGGUUAGGUUCUAAUCUGAAUCCCCACUCCCUCUCUCCUCUCCAACCUCAACAUCCCUUCUCUGUACUCUUACCCAGUUGUCCCUUUCCUCCCUUCCCUGUCAUUCUCCCUCUCCUACCUUCCCACUGCAGUUUGGGCUGGGCAGGUAGUGGACAAGUCUGCGCUCAGCCUGUUAUGGAUGUGUGUCCAGGGAAGCGUGUGUCAUUCAUGCAACCGCAUUCUUCAUAUAUAUGUUAGUGAGAUACCAGAACCCCAACACUCCCCUGUAGCUGGUAGGGUCUCCUGUCUGCAGUCUGCUUUCUGAUCCUCUCCUGUUCCAAGUGCACACCCUCUUCCAACACCCUCACCCAAUUCCCAUCCUCCCAACCAGUCAGAAAUCCGGAUUUAUUCUGUGUAGCUGGUGCGGAAGGUUGUGAAGUACUUGUGCAUGUUGUACAAGUGCUUCUGUGCUCACACUGUACAAGUGAUUGCCUGUAUGUGUGUGUGUCCAUUUUGCCCUCCUGUCACCGGCCAUAGCCAGCUGACUCUUCUCCUGGUGCCAGUGGACCCACUUCCCUGCAGCCUUUGCCCAGAUACAGCCAGUCACCGCCCCCUCCACCUCUCUUCUCUUCUUCUCUUCCCCCCCCCCCGUGGCAUUCCCAGGGACCAGCAAGGCAGGGUGCAAGGGUGGUGGGGUCCCUCAGUCCAGCCCCUGUGCCCCUGUUCCCGAAUUCCAACCCUCCCUUGUCUCUCUGCACCCUCUCAAGAGUCCAGUGCCCUCCCCCUGAGGAAUUAUUCCAUCACACCCCCCCCCCCCCCCCCCGGUAGUUCUGUCCGGGGUUUGGGGAGAAAUAUUCUGCUAUCCCCAUUCUGCUGUCCUCCCCUGCCCAUUCCUCCCACCCGAUGAGAAGGUGCCCCUCUCUCUCUCUCUCUCUCCCCCUCUCUCCCUCCCCCUCUCUCUCUCUCUCUCUCCCCCCCCCCCCCCGCUGUCACACAGAGUGCAGAUGUUCCCAAUAUUGUACAGUAAUCUCCCCGUCUCCCCGCAUGUGUUGAAGAUUUUUAACAAAUAUUGAAUCGUGUUGUUAUAGGAUUCUUCCCACCACCAGACACCCCUUGUAGGGAGAGAGAGGCGCCCUCUUUCCUUUUUUUUCUACAGAAACCAACAUGUGCUAUUUUGUCAAAUGUAUUAAGAACUACUUUACAAUACAUAA